AGUUGGUGCAAGAGGUCGAUGCACUGGAACUCCAUCUCCAACAAUUGUGACUGUGUGAUUGGAAAGGCUGGUGCUACACAACCAAACGAAAGCCCCCUCCUCUCUCUGGAUGAGCUGUUAGGGCACCCUUUGCCUCUUCCCAGGAAUCUUGCUGGCCAGCUAAUUGCUCAGCUAGGGAGGCAUCUGCAGUCAGUGACAUCUAGGACAAUGAGGACUAGUCAUCCUGAAGAGGUGAUAACGCACAAUGCAGCAUUACAGUGUAAGGACUGGAGGGAGGACUAGGCCUCGCUUAGAGCCAAAUCAAAGGGACCAGAUCAGAGGACUGGGCGGGAUUCCUGGCUCCACCCCCAGCAGAAGCUCUGGUCUCCUGGUGAGUCUGUCCCAGGAGGAGGAGGAGGAGGAGGACCCCGAGGAAGAAGCAGGCUGAGAGCUGCUGGGGAGCUGGGAAGAAGGCCGCAGCCUGGGAGGAAGAAGGACCAGGACAUCCGUGCAAGGCCUCCGGAGGGAAGUGGUUCUUCUGUACGGAUCGCUGGGGAUCUGCAUUGCCAGAACGAGAACAUUGAGGCGCUCCAGAGGAUGAUCAGGGCUUUGCUGGAGGAGGCCCCCUCUGUCUGGAACUUAAUCAGCAUCUUGAAGGUAAGUGCAAUGAAAGCCCUAUUCAGACAUUCGGUAGUACAUGUGUGCAGGUGUCUGAACACUGGUAUGUGAUUUUGUGUGCAUGACUGUAGUUGCAUUUGUUUUUAAAGUGAAACUGGGCACGGGCCCCUCACAUGCCUGGUCCAGCUAGGAAGUGUCAUGCAGUGCCUGAAAACAGGACUGCCUUUUGGUUACACGGUUUCCAUUCACCCCUGAGCUCGUUCAUGGUUCUUCUCUGCAACUUUGCCAGCUCUAACAUAAUCUGGCUGAGCUGGGCUGACCAGAACUGCACCCCAUAUGUCAAAGGUCUCUGCCCCAAAGCGUUGGACCAGCUGUCUCGACCCAAUUCCUCAGCCAGAAGGAGGAGGAUGCACCAUCUGGAAGCCUAUUGGGCUACCUGUAUUGCUGCCCCUCCUUCUGUUCUGCACUCCUUCCCUGCCCCAUUGGCCCCAACUCCUGCCAAUGUCUGCUUAAGGGUCGCAUUCUCACCUUCUCCCUGCUCUCUUCUAGGUUGCGAAGAGUCUGCCUUUGCUGUAGGCAGAUCUUUAAGUCCUCCCCUACCAGUGACUCCGCCAAGGGCAAGCCCCCCAGAGGGAGGUUCUUUAAAUGGAAACACCGCAUUGAGCCUACUCCAGCACCACCUCCAACUCCCACAGGGGGCUCCCUGGCAGUAUCCGGAGUCACCAUCGAUGAGCAGGUGCCCCUGGUUGGGACUGGGGCCGACUCUUUGGGGAAGGUGAGACAGCUAGUGCUUGGGAACCUGGCAGACUUGUGGGUCUGAAUGAAAAGGCCUUUGGUGAGAAGUCGCUUCCCUUGGGGAGAUGCUAAUCUCUCAUUAUUCAUAUGGGCUGGCUGACUUGGGAUGUAACCUAGAACUGGUAGCCCGCCUUAAUUCCAAGAAAGGGAAUCCCCAUUUUUAAAUUCCAAAUGGGAAUCAAAGUCCUUAAACCCACUCACCCCCGACUCUUCUUCCCUUCCAGAUCUGACUACUGGGAUCUGACUACUGGAGUGGAGAAAAUGGAAAGAGCUGAGGUAGGGAUCCAUUCAGAAAAGGGCCUUCCUCCCUAGAGCCCAGGACAUUUCUCUGAGAGGCAUUUGCCCCAUACGGGAUCUGAAAGCUCCCACUCUCUGCUCUGAUCCCUUUCCCACUUCUGCAUUAUCCCUGAGAGGCAGAAGCAGAAUAUUCCAUGGAGGGGGUGGGGUCCCCAGAAAGGACCUGAGAGCAGCCCACCAAGUAAGGGUGCCCGCUCCAUUUCCAGGAAGGCACGGAGAGUCCUUCAUCUCUAACAGCUCAAUGCUUCUAAUAUUCAGGUCAUCCUCUGCUGGACUGAAUUCUUGACAUCCAUUAUUGACGGUAUUAAGGAUGCCAAGUCCUGUGAAAGUGAGAUGCUGUCGUAUGAAAAAGACAAGGCUGUGGAUGCCGUACUAGAGAGUGAGAUGUGGCAGAGAAUGGAAGAUGAUGACCAAGCACAGGCUCAGUCAAAACCUGACUGCCAAAAGUGUGUGUUUGAGGCUGGUGCUAUCCCAAUGAAGUCCAUGGGUACUGACCAACUCUCUUCUGCUCUUUGAUCUCUGCCAGGAAAUUAUGGAGGACAUCAAGAAGCAUCCAGACCCUGGGUUUCUCUUGAGCCUCACCAUGGACACUCUUACGCAACUCAGCAAAAUGAAGCCAGCUCUGCCGUUCAAUGUAAAAGCAGCCGUCCUGCACGUGGCGGUGUCCGGGGUGGAUCAACUGGACCCAGGGACCCAAGUAAAUUCUUCUUGGGCUUUUUUCUCUUGCGAAGAAAACGUGAUACCGCUGUCAUUGUGAGUGAUUUUUCAAUGUUGUAUUCUCAAGACCGGUUGUGUCUCCUACUCAUGACUUAUCUUCUCUUUCCCUCCUUGAAGGAGAAAAUGGCAUCCUUCAAGAAGAUGCUCAGGGGGCUGCUGGAGGAUGCCCCCUCUAUCCAGGACACAAUUGGCAUCUUGAAGGAGCUCCACAAGUACAUCAACUCGGAGAAGCCCCGGCUGCAGACUCUGGGCCGAGAAGCCUACAUUGAUGCUCUGGCUCACGUGGCCAGACUGCCCAAUGUGGAACUGGCCACAUGGAAGGUUUUCUUUCGCAAGGCAAAGGAAUUGGAUCAUCAUGACAUCCAGAGCACCAUCAAAGAUGGCCUUGUCUUCGAGGACUUCCAUGAAAAGGAGGAUCUUUGUCUGAUCGCCCAUUUGCUUCCUUUUCUUUUUAAUGCUCCUAAAGCUAGGAGAAUAGCUGCCUGAAAGUAUUAUAUGUUUUUAAGAAUCAUACAUAUCAUACAUAUUACAUAAUUGAUUUUAAGAAUGACUUUGAAAUGGUUCUGUAUUGUAUUUUGUAUUUCCUUCACCCCUCCCCCCUUUUUUGAUCUGUUAUGAUUUAAUUUUUUGUUUGUUUUAUCUUAAUAAAUACUGUUUAUUGUUCUUA